GUCAGCUGGUCCCAUGGUUGCCAGAUUGACCCAAAAUUAAUCAGCUGUUUCAUUUGUUUAUUUUAUAAAAAUGGGUUCUUUACUCUUUGAUAUUAAAUUAAAGAGAGAGAAUAAGGUUUACUAUGAAAAUGACAUGCUGUUGGGUUGUGUUCAGUUUCAGUGCUCGCAGGAGACGAAACACGAAGGAAUUAUGUUGUAUCUGGAAGGAAUUGUUAAUCUGCAACUAAGUACUAAAACAGUGGGGUUAUUUGAUGCUUUUUACAACUCGGUGAAGCCCAUAAAUCUACUGCAGAAUAGUCUGGAGCUAUCUGCUCCUGGAAAAUUAAGUGCCGGUCGUUCGGAAUUCCAUUUUGAGCUGCCUUUGGUGUGCAAAAAGGAACCGCGAAUUCUCUAUGAAACAUACCACGGUGUUUUCAUCAACGUUAAUUACCAGUUAAAUUGCACUGUUAAGAGAAAUUUCCUGGGUAAAUCCAUGACCAGGAUCCAACAAUUCUGCGUGCAAUAUAAACCAGUGGCUUUGGGCGAAGAUUCCCUAAAAGCGGCACCCUUCAGUUUGAGUCCGGACUCGCUGCAGAAGAAUGCCAGCGCCAAGGAGAGAUUGUCCAUGCCAAGAUUCCUGAUCACAGGACGUCUGGAUAGGAGUGAGUCCUGUGUAACUACUCCGAUUACCGGUAGCAUAACGGUUCAGCACACGGAGGCGGCCAUUAAGUCCAUUGAAAUGCAAUUGGUUCGCGUUGAAACCUGCGGUUGUGACGAAGGAUAUUCCAAGGACGCAACGGAAAUCCAGACGAUACAAAUAGCCGACGGUAAUGUGCUGCCAAAGUUUGAGCUCCCCAUCUAUAUGGUCCUGCCCAGAUUAUUCACCUGUCCUACGCUUCUCACCAAGAAUUUCAAAAUCGAGUUUGAAUUAAAUCUGGUUGUCGUGUUUAAGGAGGACUACACCGUUAGUGAGAACUUUAAAAUAAUUUUAAAACGUUCGGCAGGACCUCUGCCCAGCAAAAUAACAACCGCAGGUCGUUAAUGAAUGAAAUGACUUAUCGAAUAUGGCAGCUAUUUUAUAAUUAAUAUAUAAACUAAUUGUUUGUAUGCAUCUCAAUAUAGUUUUCGAAAAUA